GUGGCCAUUAAAACCAUAAAGAAAUCCAAAAUAGAAAAUGAGCAGGAUCUAGUUCGGAUUAGAAGAGAAAUCCAAAUAAUGUCAUCAGUGCAGCAUCCUCAUAUAAUUCAUAUAUAUGAAGUAUUUGAAAAUAAAGAGAAAAUAGUGUUGGUGAUGCAGUAUGCUAGUGGCGGAGAACUGUAUGAUUACCUUAGUGAGAAGAAAGUUCUUUCUGACAAUGAAGCUCGCCGUUUAUUCCGUCAAGUUGCUACAGCUGUAUAUUAUUGUCACAAGAGUAAGAUCUGUCACAGAGAUUUAAAGUUGGAAAACAUUUUAUUGGAUGAGAAAGGAAAUGCUAAGAUUGCUGAUUUUGGUUUAUCCAACGUCUAUGAUGACCGACACCUUCUCAACACUUUUUGCGGCAGUCCCUUAUAUGCUUCUCCGGAAAUUGUGAAAGGCAUACCCUACUAUGGACCUGAGGUAAAACAGUUGUUGUUUUUGUUUACAGAGGCCUCAGAACUUAUUCGUCGUUUGCUCACUGUUGACCCAGCAAAACGAGCAACCAUAAUUGACAUUUGCACUGAUACCUGGGUGAACUUUGGCUAUGAUCUCUCAUUGCUUCAAGUAUCAGAAGACAUGGCUAAUCUUGCACCAGUACGCAUUGAUCUUUUACUUGCUUUAGUUCCUGUCUCUCCUCCACCAGCAUGUGCCGUGAUGGAAGAGCAGCCAUUACAUAGAUCCAUCGGAACAAAGAAAGAACCAUCACAGUCUAAACAUCAGACUGGAAAAUAUGUUGAUGGAGAAACAACAGACAGUGCUGGUGCUGAUGAUCAACUUCUCACAUCAUCCAUAUUGGACUCCGAAAGUGUUGAAAAAUCUUUUGAUGGCAGUCUUGCGAGGAUUUCAAGUCUUGCCCACCAGGCUAAAAAACCACGCAAAUCUGUCUCUGUUGCCCAAACUGUUCCUGAAGUAGGGUCACCUGAAACGAAAGAAAAAAUUAAGUUUUCAGUGGAAGAAAAACAAAUUGAGAAUGAUAAUGUCAUAAAGAAAGAAAGUAAAGACAGAGAUACUUUUGUUACUCAUGAACAAGGAAGCACGUGCAUUGAAAAAAGGUCACACGAAGAAAACGUAAAUAGCCAAUCUGAUCAGAAAUCCAAGGCAAGUGAAGUAUCGAAGAAAGAAAGUAGAUUAGAUCCUGUAGACUCUGAAGAAAAUGAUGAUAGAAUAUAUAAUAAAAAGCAAAACCUAGACGAGGUUUCUGAAAAUGAAUUAACUACAGAAAAGAACAAAGAAAAAAUUUCAAAAUUUUUCAACCAAUCCAAAGAUCCUGAAGGAACUAAAGUACUAAGAAAACCAGGUAAAAUUACCAUCCCUAAAACUUUUGAAACACCAGAAGCCAAACCAUCUGUGUUUUCUCCAAUUCAGAAAGACCUGGAGGCAAAGAUAUUGGGAAACCAAACAGGAAAAGAAAGAAAUUUAGCUAGUGGAAAGUCUUCGGGAGUUACAAAUACUAACAAGUUGCAGUUUGAAUUAACUUUAAACCCUGAGCCCAUAGUAGCUACAAGGAAUAAACAAGAAGAAACUAAAGAGUUUAGCAUGCAAAAGAAAAGUCCUAUUCAGAUAAUUGAUGAAGUAACAGAAGAUUUUAAGAAUGAUACAAGUGUUCCACAAUUGAUUACAGAAAAAAAGAAUGAAACAAAGCAAAAUCUGGACACUGAUGAAACAAAAAAGAUAGCUGCACGUGGAAUCCUGAAAAAGAAUAUAGCAAAAGCCAAACUUAUUGAAAGAAAGCUGUCUCAUCAGGGAUCUUCAGAAGUUGGGAGCGAACCAUCUACGCCCUCAACGCCGGGAAGCGUUGAAAGUCCAGAAAGUGGAAAAAGUAACUCUUUUUUCAAAACACCUAGACCUUACUCACGAGAAAAUUCUGAACAGUCAUCUCAAAGUAAUGCUGAAAUUAAACUAAACUUAAAAGAAGGAUUACAUAAGAAGUCCCAAAUAAAAUUUUCUUCUCAGAGCCCUAGGUCCGCAGCAUUUACUUCUAGUGAUGAAAAUAACUCUGUUUGGGAGGAAUCACAGUCUGCAAAUAAACAUCAUUUGGUGAAGGUCGCACAGAGUCAUUCUGAUCAUGGUCAACUAUCUCCAAGUAUUGAGAAGGAGAUGAGUAACUGGAGAAAAGCAGUUGAAGCAACUAUAAUAAAACUUUCUCCAGAAGUAGUUAGUGAAAAUGACCAUGCCACUUUAACUCGCUGUGCAGGACAGUCAUCUGUAAGGAGGAAUUCUGGAGGUCUGGCACCCAUUAAGCGCAGUUACAGAAAGUUUACAUUUAAUAAAGAUGGUUCUUGCAUAACAGAGACAGGCAAGGUUUAUACAACUGCUGAAGCAGAUGGCUCUUGGACCAAAGUGGAGGAAAAAACAAGGAUCACCAAAAACCCAAGUCCGAUUGAAAAUGAUUUUGAAAGAAUAGAGCGUUUACAGCUUAGAGAAGAUUCUGAUGUUCGAAAAUCAUAUAGUCAGAGUUCUUCAGAAUCGAAUGAUAUUGUUGAUGACAUAUUUGACAGUUGGACUGGAGAAAAUAUCAUUUCAAAGUUUAUGAAGAUGAAAAACACUUUAGGUAAAACUACCAAAGAUCCAUUCCCACACAGAGAAAGGAGGAGAGGUUCGUUUCAACAAAUGAGCAAAAAAACAGAAAAGAGACUCGAUGAAUUCAUUAAUAGGGAACUAAGAAGUGAAAAUUCCACAGACAGAGAAUUUUCAGAUUUGGAAGAUGACUUUGAUGUCCAUUUUGAUGAUUCUCACCCUUUUAUGUAUGGAUCUCAGAGACUUUGGCAACUUCUGCACUCUGUUAAUCAGUAUAUGGGUGACUCCGUCGGAUCAGACAGGAGUCCUUCUCAUUUUACUUCUGUAACUCACAGUUUGGGUCAUAACUCUCAGGGGUUGUGGGGCAGGGAUCAUUUCAGCCAAAAGAGUCAACCAGGAAGAACUUUUUCAUCUAUGAUAAGGUCACUCAGUCGAGAGAGACCCCAGUCUUCAAGAGAAACUGUUUUGAAGUUUGACCUUGAACCAAUAAAACAUCAGCCACCUGUAAAUGUUAGUGAACCUACAUCUCCAAGAUCUAGGUAUGACACCUGGAAGUUUAAGGAUGGAUACUCUUCUGCUAAUGAGAACAUCUGCCAUAGAGACAGUGGUGUAGAAAGCUGUGAUGGAUAUGAAUCUGAAGUCUUGACAAAAACAUUAAAGCCCUCCAGAAUACUUGAAGAUGACUUUGGAUUAGAUAGAGUAUCUUUAUAUGGAACUGUUAGGCCACGAACUUAUCAACAGUACAUAAAAUCCUUUACAAAGAACUUACCAAAGCCAAAAUCCAAGAAUUCAUUUAAGCCCACGUCUCCUACUACUGGCCAAGAUAUGAUACAGAAGAUUGGAUGUGAUUCUCCUCAGGAAGCAGGAAUGCCUGAAAAUGAAAGAAAAAGAGUUGAACAGCGGUUGCACAUGUCUGAUAAUAAUAGUGUAAGAAGUCCUGUUGGUGGAGCAUCUGAUAAUGACAGAAGAUAUAUACGAUCCCUCAGCAAAGACAGCUCAGCUUCAAAUAGUGCUUCUAUUUAUGGAACUAUACGUCCCAGAGGUUUCAUUAGAUACAAUCGCUCUAAAAGUGACAAGGCUGUUGACCCUGAUGAGCUAUUUGAUGGAGUGAGUCUAGGACAGAAUAAGAGAUCUGAGAGUAUACAAAGUUUAGAUUUGAUGUCACGUAAUGUAAGUGGAAGAGCUUCAAGAUCAUUGUUCAAAACUGUUUCUGAGAUAGAGGUCAAUGACGAACAAAAAAGUCAAAAUAAAACAGGUCAAGGAACUUCCAAGUCAGAAUAUCUUACUGAUAAUGGGAGACCUCCAGUGGGAAAUCCUCAACUUAGGUCUUCAGGAAAUUUAUAUUAUACCAAGUCUUUGAGCAGUAAUCCCCAUGAGACUGGAUCCAAUAAGCAGGAUGCAGAACAAAUAGAAACAGCAAUUCCAGCAAGGGGCCAAGGACGUCCAGUCUUUCGUAUGAGAUUUUCCUUUAAUCGAAGCAAUCCAAAAGAUCACGCUUUUGUUUCGUCACACCAAGAAGACCAUACAGAACCAUUGGGGAGCAUAUGGCAACAGCAGCAUGCUGAAGAACAAUCUUCAGCACAUCAAAUGCAUAGUGAUACAUCUUGUGAUGCACCUGGCUCAGUAAGGAUCUCUCAAAAAACCCAGGAAAACAGAGGUGAAACCACCCAACAUGCUUCAAAAAGCAUAAAGCAUAUUACAGUGGAAGUGGAAGACAGCAGAAUAGUAAAAUCCUCAGAUGGUUGGACCAGGGCAACACCCUCUGAUGGUAGAGUCAGAACCUCUUCUUUGGGUAACUUGGAAAGGGAUAGUAACCAGGAACCAGGUUCUUCCAGCCCCAGUGUCUUCCAAAGAGGUAAGGACCUUAUUAUUAAUCCUGCACCAAAACCCAAUGCAUGUUGCACGGACUACUGCAUGAAGACUAACCUUCUCACGCAAUCAGAUAUUUGGACUGAUUGUGGUGUAUCCCCCAAACACCUAGCAGACAAACUAACCAACAUGAGAGUAGAUAGCAAAAGAAAAACUUCAAAUACUUCAGAAAAUGAAGCUAAUUCAGAUGGUACACUAACUCCAGACAGUUUGGAUGGAGUUCUUACUGAAGAAAGUCAUGAUGAAGGAAUUUCAAGCUGUACAAGAAAGGGAUCAGUUAGUGAAAGGAUAUAUCGUAAGAAAUUUCCUAAUAGGGAAAGUGUCUGCAAGAAAUAUAGUACAAGUCUUGAUAAAAGCUGUGAUAGGAAUGAUAUAAUGGAUGAGAUUGGCAGGUCAGAGAGAAAUGGACUUUGGCCUUCUUCUUUAAAAACGAAUGCAUUUGAGACUGAUACAUCCCAAGAUACUUCAGGAAAACAUUUCUACCCAAACAAAGACAGUAUAACUAAAGAAUCUCAGCCUUGUAAUGACAAGUUUUUAACAGAGAAAUUUGAUGUGCCAUAUUCAAGGACUUCAGUUAACACUAGUGAACUAUUUUCAAGUCAAAAUGCUUGCUUCUCGAAACAAGCGUAUUUUAGGCAUCAAGCUUUUCCACAGCUACUAUCUGAAGCUAACACAUUUCUUUGUGAUAGUCCUAACAUAAGACUGUCUAAUGACAGAAGUAGUUCUAGAACACUGUUAUUUGAUGAGUUGGUUGCCAGCACCAAGGAUACACAGGGAGGAACUGUUUCAUCUUUGAUGAGUGAUCUGGACAGACCUCACGAGCUUUUGCGUCGUGCAUUUUCCAUCUGUGAGUCUCUAACUAAUGAUAAAAGGUAUUCUUGAUUCAUUACGUCAGUGAGGCUUACAGAGAGUAGAUAAAGAAAGACAUACUGAUUAUGCUAUUUAAAACAAAAAACAGUUUAAUGUAGUUGUCGUUGUUAACAUUGUGAACUAGGACUGUCCUUACAAUUUUUCUGGUGUGUGUGUGUGCAUACAGGUAUUGCUCAACAGUUAGAUAACAUGUUAAUAUUAAAAGCAGUUUUCUAAAAGACUUCACUUCCAUAUGAUAGAGAAAACGAGUGGGCAGAACACUGGAUAAGGAUUCUUUAUGUAUAUUAAUAACAUUUGCAAGGUGUUGAACAUAAGCUUUGAAUUUCCAAUACUCAUUUUAUCUGAGCAAUUAAUAGGUUUUUUUCAAAGUUCACCACAAGCCAGCUCUGAAGCUUUUAUUUUGCUCAUAAAGUAUUUUGUUGUAUUAACAGUUUUAUUUUUAUUUUGAUAUAUUUUGCCCUUUUUUUUAAUUUUCUGAACUAAUGUUGAUUAAAAAUGCUGUUUAUUUUACCAGAUAAACAAAAUGUAAAAAUGCUUGAGAAACGUCAGUAUUAUUGAUUUUUUAAUUGUAAGAUAUUUAUUUUUGUUCUGCUUUGGCGAUGUUUGGGGGUUAUAUUAUAAAAUAUAAACAAAAAUGUACAAUAUAUUAACAAUGCAACACUUGCUAAUCAGUAAAGGCAUGUAUGGUUAAUAAUUGUUAAAAAAUCAUGUUGUUAAUCAGUAAAGAAAUGCGUGGUUGUUAAUUGUUAAAUAAACGUUGUUAAUCAGUA